AUGGAAGUCGCCCCGUGGGUGAUCCUGCCGGCCGCCGUGUCCCUGCUGGGCGGGAUGUCAUUCGGCUACGCUCUGGCCGUCAUCUCCGGGGCCCUCCUGCAGCUGCAGCUCACCUUCGGCCUCGGCUGCUUUGAGCAGGAAGUUCUGGUGGGGGUCUUGCUCCUGGGGGCUCUGGCGGCCUCCCUCGUCGGGGGCGUCCUCAUCGACCGGGCCGGGCGUAAGAGAGCCAUCCUGCUCGGCAACCUGGUGUUCCUGGCAGGGAGCCUGGCUCUGACGCUGGCCGGCUCGCUGGGCUGGGUGGUCCUGGGCCGGGGGGCGGUGGGCUUCGCCGUCUCCCUGUCCUCCACGGCCUGCUGCAUCUACGUCUCCGAGCUGGUGGGGCCCGGGCAGCGGGGCCGGCUGGUCUCCCUGUACGAGACGGGCAUCACCGCCGGCAUCCUGCUCUCCUACGCCCUGAACUACGCGCUGGCGGACGUCGACGAGGGCUGGAGGCACAUGUUCGGCUGGGCGGUCGCCCCGGGCCUACUGCAGACCGUCUGCCUCCUGUUCCUCCCCCCGAGCCCGGCUCGGGCCCGGCCGGGGGCCGAGGGCCUCUUGCCCCUGGGGUCUCCCCGCGGGGACGGAGAGGAGGAAGAGGAGGAGGCCACCCGCUAUUCCUUCCUGGACCUGUUCAGGGCCCGAGGCAACAUGAGGCGCCGGACGCUGGUGGGCCUGGGCCUGGUCCUGUCCCAGCAGCUGACGGGACAGCCCAACGUCCUCUACUACGCCUCCACCGUCUUCCGCUCCGUAGGCUUCCGGGGAGGCUCUUCGGCCACCCUGGCUUCGGUGGGGCUGGGGGCGGUCAAGGCGGUCUCCACUCUGGCGGCCAUAGGCCUGGUGGACCGAGCGGGCCGCAGGGCGCUGCUGAUGGCCGGCUGCGCGGCGAUGGCCCUCUCGGUCGGUGGCAUCGGCCUCGUGGGCUUUGCCGUCUCGAUGGACACCCUCCAGGGCUGCCGGGAACCGGUUCGGGCCAACGCCUCCACGUGGGUAGGUUCCGGCCAGCCGGCCCUCCCCGUCAGCCCGGGGGUCGGCAAGAGCUGGGGGGACCCCGGUCCCCCCUCCGCCGGGCCGUCGGCCUCUGGGGGACAUCCAGCCCAUCUCAUCCAGCUCCCCACUGACAGACCGGAGGUGACCGCCUCGUCCCCCCCUGUUUCUCUCGGACGUCCUCCCCCUUCAGAGCACAGACUCCUGAACUGGAUGGCCCUGAUCUUCAUGAUGGCGUUUGUCAGUGCUUUUUCCGUCGGAUUUGGACCGAUGACCUGGGUGGUCCUCAGUGAGAUCUACCCUGCUGCAAUAAGGGGAAGAGCUUUUGCCUUUUGCAACAGUUUUAAUUGGGCGGCCAACCUGCUGAUCAGCCUCUCGUUCCUGGAUCUGAUAGGAGCCAUCGGCCUGUCCUGGACGUUUCUGCUCUACGGCCUAGCAGCGGUGAUGGCCCUGGGGUUUAUUUAUUUCUGCAUCCCGGAGACCAAAGGCCAGUCUCUGGAGGAAAUAGACCAGCAGUUCUGCACGAAACGGUUCUUGACGGGAGAGCCAAUCUGCAGCUGGUACGGCAGUCGACGAGGCCCAGCCAGGGCCCGCUACCAUAGGAUGGAGCCCUCCGGGAUCUCCUGAGGCGACCGGGCUCAGAACAGCGGGGCAGAGAGCCUCACCUUCCAGAAUUUGGCUUUGAAGACGUCGAAGGCUCGCCAUGGCUCUUGUCUGCCGUGACGGGCGCUGAAAAAGUGCUGCAAGCUCAAUCGAGGACCACGAGCCCAGGAGGGGAGCCCCAUCCCAGCCUCACCUUUCGGGUAGAUGCCUCCGAGUGGAGCAGCUCUGGGAGUGCCGGCCUCAGCAUUCCACUCCUCUGGAAAUUCUCCCCACAAAGCCACACACGCUCUGCCUCAGUUUCCCCCUUUGCCAUUCUUGGAGGCCAGAACGAGUCAUCCCGGGGAGUCGAUACUGUGAUCUUUAUUUCUGAAAGAGUAGAGACUGGCAUCUACUGUUUCAGACUCAAAAUGAAUAUGAAAAUUAUGUAUACAUCUUUAAAUUUUAUAUUAUAUAUUAUUUAUUUUUUAUUAAUG